AUGCUGACUUCCAUGAAGAGCCGGGAGGGCAGUGUGGGCGCCAAGCUCUGCUUGAUGAAGCUAUGGGAGCGCACAGCUGUGGAGGAGAAGCCGAAGACCAAGAGGAAGUCGGAAGAGGAAGAGUUCAAGGAUCGUUUGAAGGAGAUGAACAUCACCCUGGAGGAGUCCACGGGCGGGCCAGAUGAUAUCAUCCCGGGCACCACGCAUGGCUUGCCCUACGUGACAUGCUUUGUGGAGUAUCAGGAUCGGAGCCAGCGCGAUGAAUACGGAUCGGUGCAGGCGAAGGAUGUGCUGGAAGAAUGGGUCAUGCGCGGUGACGACCAGACCGUGAGCAGUUUCACCUCAUGGCGACAGACAAUGGCCAACACCGCCAGCCUACAGUGCGUCGAGACGGCUUCUAAAUCUGUUGACGACACCAUGUGCAUUGAGUGUGUCUCCCCCGCCAAUGCUUUCGCAAUGAGCGAUGUGCCGAAUCGAAUCGUCGGAACGGUCCAUCCAAGCUCUGUGAUGACCUUUAGCGGCCUGGACAUCCGCAGCUGCAUCGCCUCGAGCUUCGGGCCAUCAGGCUUUUGCAAGUCGGGGACGCUGUCCGUGCCGCACUGA